UCAACUCUCUUUUCUCUUCCACAUCUUGUGUGAGGACGUUGUGUCGGGUUGAAUUCGCUUCUAAUUUUUCGGUAUUUUGGUGAUUAUCCCGGAUAUCUGGAACCAUGGCCGAUGCCGCUGAUGCCGAGGGCUUCAAGAAGAAGCGUACCUUUCGUAAAUUCACCUACCGUGGGGUGGAUUUGGACCAGCUUCUGGACAUGAAGCACGAUCUGCUGAUGGAGCUGAUGCACAGCAGAGCCAAGCGACGUUUCAAGCGAGGAAUCCGUCGCAAGCCGCUCGCUCUGAUGAAGAAGCUGCGCAAGGCCAAGAAGGAUGCUCCCCCACUAGAGAAGCCAGCCAUCGUAAAAACCCACUUGCGAAACAUGAUUAUCGUUCCGGAGAUGGUCGGAUCGAUGGUGGGAAUCUACAACGGCAAAACCUUCAACCAGGCCGAAAUCAAGCCGGAAAUGAUCGGACAUUAUUUGGGCGAGUUUUCUCUCACCUACAAACCGGUUAAGCACGGUCGGCCGGGUAUCGGUGCCACCCACAGCUCCCGAUUCAUUCCACUGAAGUAGAGGGCGAAAGGGAUGGUGUGAUAAGGUCUAUAAGUUUAUAAUUUACUAAAAGCUUACGGUGAAAAUACAAUAUUGAUUGUAAACAAAA